UUGUUUUUAAUUUACUCUUUUGUUUCUUGUUCUUUCUUUGCAUUUGCCGAUACAUAUUUUCAUCUUUCUUUCAAAUCUAAUUUUUCAUUAAGGAAUUUAGAUUCUUAAUACCAACAUACCUAAAUAUUCUAUCACAAAAUAUGUCCUUGAAAUGUUUAUGCUGUUUUCUCUCUAAUGAAGAUGAAAGUCCAAGACGGAAUGUUGAUGAGAAGAAAAAUAGUAGGGAUUAUCCAUGGGAAAGAUACACUUUGAAGGAGUUGCUUCGUGCAACAAAUAACUUUCAUCAAGAUAACAAAAUUGGAGAAGGUGGAUUUGGAAGUGUAUAUUGGGGUCAGACAAAUAAAGGCGUUGAGAUUGCUGUGAAGAGGUUGAAGACAAUGACUGCGAAAGCCGAGAUGGAAUUUGCGGUUGAAGUGGAAGUACUUGGAAGGGUGAGGCAUAGGAAUUUGUUAGGAUUGAGGGGAUUCUAUGCAGGAGGAGAUGAAAGGUUAAUUGUGUAUGAUUACAUGCCUAAUCAUAGUCUACUCACUCAUUUACAUGGUCAACUUGCCUCUGAUUGUUUACUAGAUUGGCCUAGAAGAAUGAACAUAACAAUUGGAGCAGCUGAAGGUUUAGCGUACUUGCACCAUGAGGCAAAUCCUCACAUAAUCCAUAGAGACAUAAAAGCAAGCAAUGUUCUAUUAGACACAGAAUUUCAAGCCAAGGUAGCUGAUUUUGGUUUUGCAAAGCUAAUACCAGAAGGCGUAAGCCAUCUAACAACAAGAGUCAAAGGCACACUAGGCUAUUUAGCACCAGAAUAUGCUAUGUGGGGGAAAGUUUCCGAAAGCUGUGAUGUUUACAGUUUUGGAAUCUUGCUUUUAGAAAUCAUUAGUGCAAAAAAACCGAUCGAAAAACUACCUGGUGGAAUAAAAAGGGACAUUGUUCAAUGGGUGACACCCUAUGUACAAAAGGGUGUUUUUAAACACAUUGCUGAUCCAAAAUUGAAAGGAAAUUUUGAUUUAGAGCAGUUAAAAUCUGUGAUUAUGAUAGCUGUUAUGUGCACUGAUAGUAGUCCUGAUAAAAGGCCUAGUAUGAUAGAGGUUGUGGAAUGGCUUAAAGAUGGUGUUUUGAAGAGGAAAAAAGAGGUUCCAAAUUUGAGUAGUGGCAAUAAUAAUAAUAAUAAGGGAGAUGGUGAAGAAAAUGAUGAAAAUUAUGAAGAGUUUGUGACAAUGCAGUCUAAUAAUUUGAAAAUACUAAGUGAUAAUGAUAGGCGCAAAAUGAGGUGACUUUUUAAAUGGGGUGGAUUUGUUUAAGAAAAACUAUGAGGAAAAAAUGUAAUAAUUGUAGGUAUUUUCUUGGCCUUGAAUAUGUCUGUAUUAUAUUUAAUUAAAUUUCUUGUUGUCUGUAAGGAUGUAUGAGAUUAUGACACAUCUCUAAAGAGAUGUAUUUCUGUCGAAUAUCAAUGUUAUAAU